AUGACCGAUAUCCUUCAGUCUAAAAAUAUUCCAAUUAUCGAUUUUUCAUUAUUCGAAACGAAUCAACCUCUUUGUGCACAACAAAUUAAACUCGCUUGUGAAAAUUUGGGUUUUUUUUAUUUGAAGAAUCAUGGAUUUAAUGAAAAAGACAUUGAAGAAGUAUUUCAUAAUACUAAACUUUAUUUUGAUCAACCUCAUGAAGAAAAACAAAAAUUUAAAAUAAAUGAACAUUAUUACGGAUAUAUUGAUAUUCGUCAAGAAUUACUUGAUCUUGAAACUCAAAAAAUUGGAGAUCAUAAAGAAUCAUUUAAUUUUAGUAAAUUUAAUGAUAAUGAUGAUCCUUUGGCUCAAGUUUUGCCUCCUUUAUUUCACGAAAGGAAAUCCUUAUUUUCAUCGGUUUCUAAAAAAUGUCAUGGAUUAUGCUUGAAAAUAUUACAAGCUUUAGCGAUUGCAUUGGAAAUACCACAAAGUGAAGGUGACAAGUAUUGGUUUGAAUCAAAACAUAGUUAUGAUUUAAAAUCUGGAGAUUGUUUACGAAUUAUUCAUUAUCCUCCAACGGUAAUUGAUAAUGAUCAAAAAGAUAUUCGAGCUGGAAGUCAUUCUGAUUAUGGUUCGUUAACGGUCCUUUUUCAAAAAGAUAUUGGUGGUCUAGAAAUUCAACCUCAUAAUUCAACAGAAUGGGUUUCCGUUCCUGUUAUUCCAAAUCAUGUGGUAAUAAAUGUUGGUGAUUGUUUACAAUUUUGGACAAAAGGUUUACUCAAAUCUAUUAAACAUCGAGUUGUUUUUCGUAAAGAUACUCGUGAUUUAGAUAGAUACAGUAUUGCAUACUUUUUUCAUGCUGGUUCUGAUGUUAUAUUAGAUAGUAUUCCUUCACAAUUAAUUCCUCAAGAUAAUAAUACAAAAUAUAUCACUGCUGGUGAACAUUUACAAAAUAAGCUAAACGUCACGUAUCAAAAAAUUUAUUAA